UAUGCAAAAUGUAUUUUUGUUUCUUCCUGUGCAGAUCCUUGUUUAUACAUCGAGAAGUUUGCACAAAAACUUGAAUUUGGCGAUAAAACUGAUGCCGUAGGUAGGACAGCCACCAGAAUACUUCAAAGAAUGAACAAGGACAGUAUUCAUAUUGGUCGUAGACCAUCAGGUCUAUGUGGUGCAGCUUUACUGAUUGCUGCGCGAUUGCACGAAUUUAACAGAUCACCUACUGACAUUAUAAAAAUUGUCAAGGUACAUGAAUCUACUUUGCGUAAAAGAUUAAUGGAAUUUGGCGAUACACCAUCCAGUGCUUUGACUUUGGAUGAAUUUGAGACGGUAGACUUAGAAGAGGAAGAUCCUCCAGCAUUUAAAGCAGCACGUAAAAAGGAUAGAGAACGUUUACAAGGGUUACAAAACAUAGACGAAGAAAUAAGCGACUUGCAAGCAGAAAUUGAUAGACAAUUGGAAGAUUAUAGAGCAGGGAAAACAAAGAAACGCAAGAAGAAUGUAUCUUCUGCAGAGGAUCCUAUAGAGAAUGAAGACGCAGAUAGAUUUAUUCACGAAAGUAAUAUAGACAUAAUCCAACAAUAUGUUGAGAAUCAGGUUGAUGAUCCCGAUGAAAACUUUCGAGAUACGAUAGUAAAUGAGAGUAAUAGCUCACUUACUACAGGAUUAAGUCCAAAUAUAGCAUCAAUGAUAUUUCCGAAUAAUCGUCCAAAUGAACCGAAAGAACAAGAUAACUUGGAAAAUUUUUCCGAGGAAAUUUAUACGAACGACAUCGAUGAUGAGGAAUUAGACAGUUAUAUUCUCUCGGAAAAAGAAUCACAAUCUAAAUCUGCUCUCUGGAAUAAGGUCAACGCCGACUAUCUUGUUCAACAAAAGGAAAAAGAAGAAAAGCGUUUGAAAGACAAGGAAGAAGGUAAAACUGAAAAAAAAAGGAGAAAGACAGUUUCCAGAAAGAACAAAACGCCUGCAAAUUCUGCUGGCGAAGCAAUUGAGAAAAUGCUGCAAGAAAAGAAAAUAUCCUCCAAGAUUAAUUAUGAAGUGUUGAAAAGUAUAAAUAAUCAGCAACAAAACAAUCAAGAGUUAUUUACAAUGAAUAUGUCAGAAUUAGACGACGCAACAUUUAACAAGCCAAUACCAAUCAAUUCUACGUCGAAAACUGCGGAGCUUCCGCUAUCGAAAAAAUAUCGCUCUAUUAAACCAAAUACUGAACAACCGAAGAAGAUAUAUAAAAUAGCAAAGAAAGAAAAUGAAGAAUUCAAAAAAGAAGAAAUUAAUUCAGUUGAAGUUACAGCAGACACGUCCGAAAACGCUUACGAUAAUGAUGAUUACUUUGAUGAAGAAGAACCUGAUCCUACUGAAAUAUCACUUGGACAAAUACUUGAAUCUCACGCAUCUGAAGAUGAAUUUUGUAAUAGCUAUGAAUACGAAUAGAAAUCUAAAUGUAUGUAUACUAUAUAUUUUUAAUUUAAUUUAUUUAAGUAGUCAAAUAUCCUAUUCUCAACACAUCUAUUUCAUAUGCUAUUGUAAACAUUUUUAACUUUUCUUAAUAUUUCCUUAAAACUU